AUGACGCGCUUGGCAGUCAUUCUUAUAAGCAUCGCAUGCUUUCUUGGCUUAGGUGCUGUGGCUGCAGCUAUUGCUGUGCCCAUAACCCUUUUAAGUAGUAGUGGUACACAGUCUUCGACAACAACAAUAAUGGGAUCGCUACAAAUAUCACUUGCUGCAUCGAACUCAUCAACAGCAACAGCUUCCACUACUUCAAACUCAACCACUACAACAACUGUCCUAUUUAUGAGCACGACUGUUACAACACUGUCCACUUCGACAAUCGCGACAGAAACGUCUUCUACAACAAGCACGACCAUCGACUCUACAACAUCCACCUCGACAAUCACGACCACGUCAACAACAUCAACAACGUCAACCAUAUUCACAACUUCUACCACAUCAACAACAUCAAUUGAAUCUACAACAACAUCAACCACAUCGACAACUUCUACCACAUCAACAACAUCGAUUGGAUCUACAACAACAUCAACAACAUCAAUUGAACCUACAACAACAUCAACCACAUCGACAACUUCUACCACAUUAACAACAUCAACUGAAUCUACAACAACAUCAACAACACCAAUUGAAUCUACAACAACAUCAACCGCACCAAUCGAAUCCGCAACAACAUCAACAACACCAAUUGAAUCUACAACAACAUCAACUGAAUCUACAACAACAUUAACAGAAUCUACAACAACAUCAACAACACCAAUUGAAUCUACAACAACAUCAAUCACAGCGACAACUUCCACCACAUUAACAACAUCAAUUGAAUCUACAACAACAUCAACAACAUCAAUUGAAUCUGCGACAACAUCAAUCAUAUCGACAACUUCUACCACACCAACAACACCAAUUGAAUCUGCAACAACAUCAACUGAAUCUACAACAACAUCAACAACACCAAUUGAAUCUGCAACAACAUCAACUGACUCUACAACAACAUCAACAACACCAAUUGAAUCUACAACAACAUCAAUCACAUGGACAACUUCUACCACAUUAACAACAUCAUUUGAAUCCACAACAACAUCAACAACAUCAAUUGAAUCACAAACAACAUCAACAACAUCAAUUGAAUCUACAACAACAUCGACCACAUCGACAAUUUCUACCGCAUUAACAACAUCAAUUGAAUCUACAACAACAUCAACAACACCAAUUGAACCUACAACAAUAUCAACUCAAUCUACAACAACAUCAACAACAUCAAUAACAUCAAUUGAAUCUGCAACAACAUCAACCACAUCGACAACUUCUACCACACUAACAACACUAAUUGAAUCUACAACAACAUCAAUUGAAUCGACAGCAACAUCCACAACACCAAUUGAAUCGACAGCAACAUCCACAACACCAAUUGAAUCGACAGCAACAUCCACAACACCAAUUGAAUCUGUAACAACAUCAACCAUAUCGACAACUUCUACCACACUAACAACGCCAAUUGAAUCUACAACGACAUUAACUGAGUCUACAAUAACAUCAACUGAACCUACAACAACAUUAACAACACCAAGUGAAUCUACAACAACAUCAGCAACAUCAAUUGAAUCUACAACAUCAACAACAUCAAUUGAAUCUACAACAACAUCAACCACAUCGACAACUUCUACCACAUCAACAACACCAAUUGAAUCUACCACAACAUUAACUGAGUCUACAAUAACAUCAACUGAAUCUACAACAACAUUAACAACACCAAAUGAAUAUACAACAACAUCAGCAACAUCAAUUGAAUCUACAACAUCAACAACGCCAAUUGAAUCUACAACAACAUCAAUUGAAUCUUCAACAACAUCAAGAGCACCAAUUGAAUCUACAACAUCAUCAACAACACCAAUUGAAUCUACAACAACAUCAGCAACAUCAAUUGAAUCUACAACAUCAGCAACAACACCAAUUGAAUCUACAACAACAUCAGCAACAUCAAUUGAAUCUACAACAUCAUCAACCACACCAAUUGAAUCUACAACAACAUCAGCAACAUCAAUUGAAUCUACAACAACAUCAACUGAAUCUACAACAUCAACAACAUCAAUUGAAUCUUCAACAACAUCAACAGCACCAAUUGAAUCUACAACAUCGUCAACAACACCAAUUGAAUCUACAACAACAUCAGCAACAUCAACUGAAUCUACAACAACAUCAACUGAAUCUACAGCAUCAACAACAUCAAUUGAACCUUCAACAACAUCAACAGCACCAAUUGAAUCUACAACAACAUCAGCAACAUCAAUUGAAUCUACAACAACAUCAACACCAUCAAUUGAAUCUACAACAUCAACAACAUCAAUUGAAUCUUCAACAACAUCAAUUGAACCUUCAACAACAUCAAUUGAAUCUACAACAUCAACAACAUCAAUUGAAUCUACAACAUCAACAACAUCAAUUGAAUCUUCAACAACAUCAACAGUACCAAUUGAAUCUACAACAUCAUCAACAACAUCAAUUGAAUCUACAACAACAUCAACUGAAUCUACAACAUCAACAACAUCAAUUGAAUCUUCAACAACAUCAACAGCACCAAUUGAAUCUACAACAUCAUCAACAACACCAAUUGAAUCUACAACAACAUCAGCAACAUCAAUUGAAUCUACAACAACAUCAACUGAAUCUACAGCAUCAACAACAUCAAUUGAACCUUCAACAACAUCAACAGCACCAAUUGAAUCUACAACAACAUCAGCAACAUCAAUUGAAUCUACAACAACAUCAACAACAUCAAUUGAAUCUUCAACAACAUCAAUUGAAUCUACAACAUCAACAACAUCAAUUGAAUCUUCAACAACAUCAACAGUACCAAUUGAAUCUACAACAUCAUCAACAACAUCAAUUGAAUCUAUAACAACAUCACCCACAUCGACAGCUUCUACCACAUCAACAACAUCAAUUGAAUCUACAACAACAUCAACAAUAUCAAUGGAAUCACAAACAACAUCAACCACAUCGACAACUUCUACCACAUCAACAACACCAAUUGAGUCUACAACAACAUCAACGACACCAAUUGAAUCUACAACAACAUCAACGACAUCAGUUGCAUCUACAACAACAUCAACAACAUCAAUUGAAUCUACAACAACAUCAACGACAUUAGUUGCAUCUACAACAACAUUAACAACAUCAAUUGAAUCUACAACAACAUCAACCCCAUCGGCAAGUUCUACCUCAUGGACAACAUCAACCACAUCGACAACUUCUACCUCAUCGACAACUUCUACCACAUCGACAACAUCAAUUGAACCUACAACAACAUCAACUAUAUCGACAACUUCUACCACAUCAACAACAUCAAUUGGAUCUACAACAACAUCAACAACAUCAAUUGGAUCUACAACAACAUCAACAACAUCAAUCGGAUCCACAACAACAUCAACAAUGUCAACCACAUCGACAACUUCUACGACAUCAACAACAUCAACAACGUCAACCAGAUCGACAACUUCGACUACAUCAACAACUUCAACCAAAUCAACAACAACAACAUCGACCAGGACUUCAUCAACGACAACUACGACUAGUACAACAACUGCGUGGACUUGUAUAUCAAGUUUAACGGGUGCAACAAGGCUUCUUCAUUUGGUAAUCAAUGGAAGCCAAGGUUAUACGCCAUAUAGCUACACUUAUACUGCUCUCACCACAUCGACUCGUUUAACACUAUCAUUUCGUAUGGAUAUAGACAAUUGGUCAUUAGACACGGUGUCUGUGAAAAGAACCGGUACGAGUCCAGAACUGUUAACAAAUGGUAAUUUUGAUUCUGGUAGUAUGAAUGGCUGGUCGUCAUGCAAUCCAAAUAACGCAGCGAAUUACGGAUUUAUACAAUAUAAUUGGUUGUAUUCGGAUACGGGUUCUUACUAUUGGAAAGAUGGAUCGACAGGCGCUGUUGAUUAUCUCUAUCAAUAUUUUACCAGUGUUAUCGGUGCAAAUUAUACAAUUAGCUUUUAUUUGCGAGGUGACGGUGGACUGCCGAACAGUGCUGAUGUCUAUAUUGGAUCAUAG